AUGUCGAUGACAGUACUUCUGCCUCGGAGAAUCUUCUCAUUUCGAUAUAUUGGGAGCCAUGGUGAGUGUCAUCGCAGAGGCGACUGGGUUGAGUGCCACCGAGACAAUGGCAUGGGUUUUGUGGCUAGGGUUAUAGACCAACAGGGCGGAGUGGGAUUGUUCUUUCAUAAAGGGCCAGGUGAAACUUUGAAAUUAAAUGUUUCAAAUUUUCAGCUUCGGCCUGUGGUGGCUGCAACCCAGACUCAGGGAUUGCAUGGUGCUGCUCCUCAUGCCUCGGCUGUUCCAUCACCAGUCAGUAAGCCAGAAGGGCGCACCACAGCUACACUUAUUCCUGGAGAUGGUGUGGGACCUGAACUUUGCCAAGUAGUCUUAGAUGUCUUCAGAAAUGCUGGUGUACCUGUUGACUUCGAAGAACAUUAUCUGACAGAAUUAUAUGGGGGACGGUCAGCCUCUCUUGAUGAAGUUGUGAAAAGCAUUACUCGCAAUAAAACAUGUUUGAAAGGUAUUUUGGCUACUCCUGACCAGAGCUUUGAUGGAGAACUCAAGACUCUUAAUAUGAAGCUAAGAGAUGAUCUUGACCUGUAUGCAAAUGUAGUGCAUGUUAAAUCUUUGAGUGGUCUCAUGUCUCGACAUAAAAAUGUAGACAUGGUUGUCAUCCGUGAACAGACUGAGGGUGAAUACUCUGCACUUGAACAUGAAUCUGUGAAAGGUGUUGUCGAGUGCCUGAAGAUUAUGACCCGUGAGAAAUGUCGACGCAUUGCUAAGUUUGCAUUCGACUAUGCCACCAAGCAUGGACGGAAGAAGGUGACUGCUGUUCAUAAGGCAAAUAUCAUGAAGCUCGGGGAUGGACUGUUUCUUAGACAGUGUGAAGAGAUUGCUGCAAUGUACCCCAAUAUUGAAUUCAGUAACAUGAUUAUUGACAAUUGCACUAUGCAAAUGGUAGCAAAUCCACACCAGUUUGAUGUCCUGGUACUUCCCAAUCUUUAUGGCAACAUUGUUGACAACCUAGCUGCAGGCCUGGUGGGAGGAGCAGGUGUUGUGGCUGGAGCUUCUUAUUCCAACAGAUGUGUUGUAUUUGAACCAGGUGCACGUCACACCUUUAGUGAAGCCGUUGGUAAGAAUGUUGCCAAUCCAACUGCAAUGCUUUUAGCCUCUGCUAAUAUGCUAAAUCAUCUUAAUCUCCAGUAUUAUGGGGAUAUGAUAAAGAAUGCAGUUGAGCGUGUUAUUCGUAUUGGCAAGGUUCGCACAAAGGACAUGGGAGGCCACUCAACUACCUUUGAAUUUUAUCAAGCUGUUAUAGCAAACUUGAGAUACUGAUACUGGAACAAGUCUCACUUUCAUAAAACACAUUUAAUGUCAUGCUAAAACAAUUUCAUUAUUGUUCUAAGGAAAUUUUUUUAUUUUUUUAACAGAGAAUAAGGUUACAUACCUUUUCAGGUGUUGAAGUGAUGAAUAGCUCAAAUUAAUACUCUUCAUGAUGUAAGAGAGUACUAAUAAAUAUAUUUUUGCAAAAUUACACCUUUACUCCCUAUGAAUUCAUACCACUGUGAAAGGUAAAUUAGGUCAGGUAGUGUGGUAGAUAAGACACAUAGGCAACAUUUAGGCAACUUUAUUCCGAAACGUUUCGCCUACACAGUAGGCUUCUUCAGUCAAGUACAGAAAGUAGGCGGGAGCAGUAGAGAUGUGAAGACGAUGUAAUCAGUCCAUCACCCUUGAAGUCGUAGAUUUGAGGUUGUCAGUCCCUCAGCCUGGAGAAGUUCUGUUCCAAAGUCUGGAACUAACUGAAGAUCAAGUGACAGUGUUGAGACUUAAAUACUGUUGGAAGGAGAGGUGCAGAGUAAUAGUAGUGAGAAUGUAGCUUCUGAGAGGUCAUGUCACUCUCAGAUUAAAAAGUUCUCAACUUGAAAAAGUUGUCCAAGGUGUUUUCUCUUCUGUAUCAAGAUGCCAUUGUGUUGCAGUGUCUGACAGAGUGAUUAUCAAAUGGUAUACAAUACCGACAGGUUGGUAGAUAAGACACAUAGGUAAGACACACGGUAUUGUAUACCAUUUGAUAAUCACUCUGUCAGACACUGCAACACAAUGGCAUCUUGGUACAGAAGAGAAAACACCUUGGACAACUUUUUCAAGUGAGAACUGUUUGAUCUGAGAGGGACAUGACCUCUCAGAGGCUACAUUCUCACUACUACUACUCUGCACCUCUCCUUCCGACAGUACAGUGGACCCUCACCUUACGAUAUUAUUUCAUUCCAGAAGUAUGUUCAGGUGCCGUUACUGAACGAAUUUGUUCCCAUAAGGAAUAUUGUGAAUUAGAUUAGUCCGUUUCAGACCCCCGAAAAUACACGUACAAACGCACUUACAUAAAUACACUUACAUAAUUGGUCGCAUUGGGAGCUGAUCGUAAGGCGGGGGUCCACUGUAUUUAAGUCUCAACACUGUCACUUGAUCUUCAGUUAGUUCCAGACUUUGGAACAGAACUUCUCCAGGCUGAGGGACUGACAAUCUCAAAUCUACGACUUCAAGGGUGAUGGACUGAUUCCAUCGUCUUCACAUCUCUACUGCUCCCGCCUACUUUCUGUACUCGACUGAAGAGGCCUACUGUGUAGGUGAAACGUUUCAGAAUAAAGUUGCCUAUGUGUUUUAUCUACCAACCUGUUGGUAUUGUAUACCAUUUGAUAAUCAGGUCAGGUAGUAAAGCCUUUCUAGUUAAAAAAUAUACCUCUUGUUGGGUCAGGGAAAGACAAAAACCACUCUGUAUCAGUCUUAUGAAGCAGACUAACUUAACCUCUCAAGCUAGUGUGUAUUCAUACGUAAGUGUGUUAUGUGACUGACUUUUUACAUACAGUACUUCCCAAACAUAAGAGAACUCAGCGUCUACCUAAUUUUUGGUGUUAAGGAAAUAUUUAAAUGAUUGUUGUGUCAAAUAAAAGUUAUUGCUGUAUUUUUUUAUUUUAAAAAAUGUUUAAAUUUCAUUAAAUUUGGGAUGGGACAAUACCAGAAUUUUUGCAGAUACAGAUACUCACAUUUUGGCUGAUACCAAUACUUUUCCUAUAUUUUUUUUUUUUUUAAUUAUUAUGACAUGUUCCCUAUAUAAGAGAGUGCUUAUUGCACAAUAAGUAUUAAAUAGUGCAGGAAGGUUAAAUAUUAAAUACAUUAAUGUUUCGGAGAUGAUAAUGUCAUUGCUCAUUACUUGGCCUGUUGUAUUAGUUACUGGCUGUCAAAGGCACUUCUUGAUAGUGUGUGUACGAGAGAGAGAGAGUGUGUGUGAGAGUGACCCACCCACCCUCCCUCCCUCCCUCCCUCACAGUCAUAAGGUAGUGUUAAUGUUGAUAUUUUUAAGCACACAUGUAAUUAUUUUUAUUAACACAUUGGCUGUUUCCCACCAAGGCAGAGUGGCCCGAAACAGAAAAACUUUCAUCUUCAUUCACUACAUCAUUGUCUUACAACAUUAACACCCCUCCUUCAGAGUGCAGACACUGUACUUCUCAUCUCCAGGACUCAAGUCUGGCCUGCCGGUUUCGUAAUAUUAAUAUUUUAAAAAGUAUUUGCUUGUAUCAGCCUUUUUUUUUCACUGAUACCAUAAAAAUUGCCAAUACCUGUUGGUAGUGAUACUUUGGUUCAUCCCUAAUUAAAAUAUAUAAUUUUUAUACAUAUAUUGAAAGCUCACUAUUGAUUCUAAUCCUAUUUCAACAAAAACUGUUGAAACAUAUUGUUAUUUCCCUUUUUAUUACUGGAUUUCAGCUUAUAUUUUUGUACUUUUCAUCAAAAUACUCUAUAUGUUGUAAACAUUUGAAUGUAAAUGUCAGUAGGCAUCACGUGCAGUUUAUUAAAGAUUUACACACCAAUACAAUUUGUUUAGUCUCUAGAGUCUACAUUAUACAAUAUAGGAUACUGUAUAAGAACAUCCCAAGUUCUUAUUGUAAUGGUACCUUUGAAGAUAAAAUGUAAUUUGUUGCAGUUUAUCCAGGUUCUACAAUAUUGAAUAUACAUAUACUCUUUAGAGAGGCAUAUUUUGUCUACCUAAUUUUAUUUAAUCUGCUACUGCUGUUCUAGUUGUAAAAUUUCAGCUGUGCACUUAACGACCUGUUUGAAACUUGAAAGAGGUUAUCAAACUUAUUAAGUAGUGCUUAUAAACUAUUUUUAAUUAUGGUGUUGUUAAUGAGAUGGUGGUACUGUAUACAAAUUAUGUAAUUGUAGUUCAAAUAAAUAGAAAUUGUUUAACUAUAUUUGUUGCUUCAAGCUAAUUAUUGCAGAUAAUUCAGCUCCCUUAUUUUGGUCAAGUACAUUCAUUCACCUAUUAUCCAACCCAGACAAAGCAUGAAAGUUAGAGACCCUGAGUGUUUGUUACUAAGUUAACAUUUCCCCAAGUAUAAAAAAAAAUUCUAGUUCAGGGUCAUAACCUCUAACUCACAAUUUGCUUGUUUCUCUUUGAAUACGUGAUUAUACUGUGAACACAAAGAAAUGCAUGUCCAUAAACAAUGUUAAAAAAAAAAACACCGGUUUGUUCUGAUUUUGGAACCUCUGCCCUGUCAAAUAAUUUAUUUUAUCUACAAGAUUUUCUUCACAACAACAAAUACUGUACUUAUUUAGGCUUUGUUAGUGAUUUGAUAAUAGGAAUUUGAAAUAUACGGCCAAACUGUAUAUCUUUUUCUGUAAAUAAUGUAAAUAAUUCAGUGGUAUUAUUUUAA